AUGGCCGUGCAAGACGCAUGGCAGGCAAGCAUGGCUGACAUCAUGGAUGACCUGUCCUCGAUGAAGGCGGAGUCAGUUUUUCGGAGCCGCAGUGAUUUCUAUUUCCGUGCAGAACGGCUCCAAGGGCGCGCUGAGCAGGAUCAGGCCUGUGCAAGCGCUGCACAGACGCUUGAAGAGGCAACCUCCUCGGUUGCUGCAACGGCACCGUGCUAUCAGGAUCAUACGGGGGAGCUUCUCGCUUCCCUCCAUGGCGUGCAGCUGGAGGCUCUGGCGAGGAGGCCUGGUCCUGGCCGCUCCAAGUGGAGUUCGGCUCGGCUUGAGGCCGUCGCGGCGUGA